AUGCAAAUCCCUAGCAUGAUGCGACAAAAAUGUACCCUGAAAAACAAGAUAACGCCUCGAACGAACCAUCCCUAUGUCGAUACAAAUAUACAGGUCCGAGACGCCAAGUCCAUGUCGGCCGUGACGACAAACCUCAAAAGCCAUUAUAUAUUCAUCCUUCCAGCUAUGAUGCCGCCUGGUAGCCCGCACCUUUCGCGCGCGCGACUAUUUGAUGGAUGUCGUUUCAAUAUCACACCAUCGCUGCACAAGCCAGGACCGAAGAAGCGCGGUACCGUCCUCCCUUAUUCCCCUAUGUCCCCCAUUGUCCCGAUUCAUAAACAGUGUAUGUAG